AUGGCAAUUUUGAAGGAAGUUGGCCUUGCUUACAUUGCCAAGCUUCGACCCAGGGACCUUCUAGUGCAUCCAUGCAACAGGGGAGGACAAAUGGUGAAUGGGUUCGAUGUUGCUGCAAAAGGACAAGCUAUUUGUGCAGUUGGUUGGGACAUCAACAAAAUCAGAGAGCCUGUUUGUGUUGAGCUGCCUUUUGAUGCUGUGAAGAAAGCAGAAAUCAUUGAAGCAAACACCAAGCUGGCUGACCAAAGCAAUGGAAUGCUGGCCAAACCUUUUGGAAAGGAAAGGUGCUGCAGCAUCAGUGCAUCCCACACCACCAGCUUCUUGAGAGCCUUGGAAGCUGGGUGCACCUUUGGUACUGAACAAUUGUCUUUGGAGCAGCUGCAAGCCAAAGGAGACGACCUUGGACAGCUUCUUCAAGAAGGAUGGGAUUGGACAGUAAUUUCUGCAAAGGUGGAAGAGGAGAUCCCAAGCUUGCCUUCUUUGCUUCAGCAAGCCUACAACAGUGACCAUGGCAUCUUGAAGCCACCAACCGAGCUGGAAGUGAUGAUGACCAUUGCCCAGACCUAUGAGUUGCAGCCCCAAGGCCACAAGGACUUGGGGAAAGCUGUUAGUCAAGCAGCUUCAAGCAUGCCCCCUUGCAAGAGCUACAUCAAAAGCAUUGGUGACUUUGUGGGCAGCUUCGCUGGUGGUGAGAGCUUCAACUUGCUGAAAUACCUGGACUUCGUUGGAAGAUCAUAUGGUGCCAGUGUUCUGAUGGGAGAAGACUUUUGCAACUUGGUGGCCUACACUGAUUGGAAGAUGGGCAGCACCACCCUCCCUUUCCUCAGGGUGGGCUUGUGUGCCACUCAGGUGACAGCACCUGCUGCUGCUGUGAAGGAUGGCAUCAGUAGAAUGGUCAACAAGUCUGACUUUGACAAGUUGAAGCAAAAGAAAAUGAAUACUGAAGUUUUCAAAGCAGAGCAGCUUAUGGCAGUUGCUUGGAAGACUUUGGAAAAUUCUCAGCUGGCCUUUGAAAAGAAAGCCUUGCUGUUUGGAAAGCUCCAGCUUAAACUGGUUCUGCAGCUGCUGGGAAAAGAGUUGAAAGGAAGAGAGGGCAAGCAGUAUCAGGACAUGGAUGCUGUGAGCCAGAUGUUCGAAGAAGAGGUGAGGGAAAGCAGUGGCGGUGCUUCAGCCACAGGGACUUCGGCUGAAAGACCUGCAGAGCCAGUGAAAUCCUUGGAAGAUGCCAAUGAUCCCAAAGCCAUUGCUUUGAAUGCCAACAAGCACAUCAAGCUGAACAAGCACUAUGUGUUCAAGAAGGCAGAGGGCAAGGUUUGGAAGCUGGUGUCUUUGAAAGACACUGUGGCUAGCCUGGUCCACAAGCCUUUCUUUGAGCCAGAAGAACAUCAGGAUGUGCUUCACAGUGAACUGAAGGACUUGAAAGAAUGGAAGAAGGAUGCGCCUGAGCUUGUGAACCAAACCUUGGUGGAGAAACUGUCUCCCAGUGCUUCACUGACUUUGACAGAAGAGCUCCACAGGCUUGGAGACCCAAAGCUCCUGGUGAGCAACCACCACCAAGUCUUCACUUCUGUCAAGGUGAACAAGGGCAAGUUGCUGCUGCUUCCCAUGGGCACCUUGCAGCUUUUGCCCAUGGACAAGAUCCAGAAGCACCACUGCAUCAUCAGGUGCACUGACUUGGACAAGCAAGUCUUGCUGGUCCAAGCCUUCAAGUGCGACUUUGUAAAAGAAACUGGCUUGUUUUGUCCAUACUGGAUGGUCAAAGCAGGAAGCAAUGCAGAUGAGUCCCCACUUGCAAAGCAAAUUGUCAAAUAUGCUAAUUUGCAAAUCCCUGCCUUGGUAAACAAAAAGCAGGUGGAGAAGCAUACCCUUUUGCAAGUUGAGCCUGAGGAAGAAGAUGCUUCUGGCUCCAAGAAGAAGAAAACUUCUUAG